GUCCCAGACAUGUUUGGGAUGAAGAAGGUGCUAACUGGAUUAGAAGUGGUCCAACUAAAUGUGCCUUAAAAAAAAUUGAAUAUUCUGAUAAAAUGAAUAAAGAAUAUUUAAUAGAUAUUUUGAGACAUUAUCGAUCCCUUCAAGGCCGUUUAACAGUCGAUUGCUUAGGAAUUACACGGGAUUCGACUGGUUGCUAUUUGAUAGUGAUGAAGUAUUAUCGAGAAAACUUGUACAGUCAUCUCAAAAAUGGUACUAAAUACCUUCACUGGAAGGAUAUAGUUAACAUGCUUCAUAAAAUUGCUAACGGUCUUAAACAAAUCCACGAUCACAAACUUUAUCAUGGCAAUCUCCAUGGUGGAAACUUAAUGAUCGAACACACAAUUGAAGGGAUUCAUGUAAGAAUUUCCGAUAUAGGAUUACACAGAAAUUCUUCUGCC